AGAAAGAAAGAAAGAAAGAAAGAAAGAAAGGAAAAAAAAUAGAAAAAAAAGAAAGAAAAUGAACUAAGUGGCAGUUCUUGGCAAUUUCAAGACAUUCCUAAUUUGUUUAACCAAUACACUAUAUUACAGAAUUGUCUUAUGGGUCUGCAAACAUUUGUUUUGUUUGUUAGUUUGUUUGUUUUAAUGCUUUUGCUUUUAUUUUUUUGAGACUAUGGUUUAGUUUCACUCUGUAACCCAAGCCGUCCUCAGACUCUUGACAAACCUCCUGCUAAAGCAGUGCUUCUUCACACCCAGCAUUUCUCAGUGCUUUGAAAAGGAAACUUUUGCUCACAGUAACAGUCCUCAAAAACAAUGAAAUAGAUGUAACUUAUAAUUAAAGUUCAGAUGUGUAAAAGGAAUGUUUACACAACAUCUGGGUAUCUGAAGUCUCUUUUUGGCAAAACUGGACGUGACCUUGGACUGUGGGAGGGAGAAGCCAGGACCCCUCUUCUCACCACUUCUCCUGACAGUGAAUUUCUCCCUGGGUGCACUUAGACCACGUGGCUGACUCACUGUUGCUGUAAAAACAGCAGCAGGCCCUGUGAUGAGAGCCUCUGAAACUGGAGCAAACUAGUCAGUAGCACCUUAUCAGCUGAGCCACCACAACACCCACACUUCCCAGCGAGCAAGCCGGGGUUCUCUUGCUGCCCUGCACUGAGAGCCGCGUCGGCCUGAACAACAUGCUUGAGUCUGCAGAGCUGUACUUCAAUGUGGACCAUGGCUACCUGGAGGGCCUGGUACGAGGGUGCAAGGCCAGCCUCCUAUCUCAGCAGGACUACGCCAACCUCGUGCAGUGUGAGACCUUAGAAGAUCUGAAAAUCCAUCUCCAGACCACUGAUUAUGGCAACUUCCUGGCUAAUGAAACAAACCCUCUCACUGUUUCCAAAAUUGACACGGAGAUGAGGAAAAAGCUCUGCAGGGAGUUUGACUAUUUCCGGAAUCAUUCGUUGGAGCCCCUGAGCACAUUUUUAACCUACAUGACAUGCAGCCAUAUGAUAGACAACGUAAUUCUACUGAUGAAUGGGGCACUGCAAAAGAAAUCUGUGAAAGAAGUUCUAGCCAAAUGUCACCCCCUGGGCCGUUUUACGGAGAUGGAAGCUGUCAACAUUGCCGAGACUGCCUCAGAUCUCUUCAAGGCUGUGCUGGUUGAAACACCGCUAGCUCCAUUCUUUCAAGAUUGUAUGUCUGAAAAUACUCUGGAUGAACUGAAUAUUGAAUUGCUGCGCAAUAAACUAUACAAGUCUUACCUUGAGGCAUUCUACAAAUUCUGUAAGGAUCACGGUGAUGUCACAGCAGAAAUUAUGUGUCCCAUUCUUGAGUUUGAAGCUGACAGACGUGCUUUAAUCAUCACUCUGAACUCAUUUGGCACUGAGUUGAGCAAAGAAGACAGGGAGACCCUCUUCCCCACCUGCGGCAAGCUCUAUCCUGAGGGGCUGCGUUUGUUAGCUCAAGCUGAAGACUUUGAACAGAUGAAGAGAGUAGCAGAUAAUUACGGAGUUUACAAGCCUUUGUUUGAGGCUGUAGGUGGCAGUGGGGGGAAGACACUGGAGGAUGUUUUCUAUGAGCGAGAGGUGCAAAUGAAUGUGCUGGCGUUCAACAGACAAUUCCACUAUGGUGUGUUUUAUGCCUAUGUAAAGUUGAAGGAGCAAGAGAUGAGAAAUAUCGUGUGGAUAGCAGAAUGCAUCUCACAGAGACAUCGAACUAAGAUCAACAGUUAUAUUCCAAUUCUAUAA